ACAACAACCGCACAAAACUCACAGAAGCGAGUGAGCAGUGAACACACACGUCCCUGUUACGGCAAAGUAGGACGAUGGAGAGGAGACAGGCGAGGCUGCCGUGGUGGGCUGUGGCUGUGGUGGCUGCAGUCUUGCUUGUGGCUGCGUGCCCAACGCUGGCACAGGAUGCAGACAUCAGUGACGAUGAUGACGCUGGCGAAACACCAGAGUUCAACUCGUGCAUUUUCAAGACCAACACCAAGGAUGGUGGCAUCGCCGAGUAUGACAUUUCCCCACUCCGCAUCUCGAACCGCGAGGACUUGCGUGGGCAGACCAGUAUUGAUGUCAACUACCAUGUGAAGGAGCGCUCCGAGGACCGCGAGUACGACUACUACCUCAACGUGUGCGAGACGCUGCACAACGCAGACCGCUACAACAUCACACCAGAUGCAACCAUGGCUCAGUUUGACAAGAAGACCCACUAUCUCGGUGGCGUCUUGACAGAGGCGCGCAUCACCAGUCUUGCCGAUAGCGACCUGCGUUACAUCAUGGGCAUGGGUGACGCCCGUCAGACCACCAUCUUUUUCUUCUGCGCAAACGUCGGCUUGUCCCACCCCGUGUUUGCCGCCGAGUCCAUUUCGUCGACGCAAAGCGACUACUACUUUGUGUGGAACACGUGCGCUGCCUGCCCAAUCGGCAGUAUCGAGCGCACCCACUGCGGCGAGAAGCCCUUCAGCCCGUGCAAGUUCCUUGGCAUCGACACCGCCAACACCAGCCCCGUCUCCAUCCUCUUCAUCACCGUCUUUGCGCUGGUGUUUGCCUACUUCCUGUUUGGUUUUGUGUUCAACCGCGUUGUGCGGGGCGAGUCUGGCGCUGAUGCAAUUCCACACGCAGACGCCAUCGUCAGCUGCUGCGGCUCAAUCAAGACGGGCCUCAUCUUUGUGUUCACGUGCGGCCGUGGCGGUGUGCGAUCCGCACAGCCAAAGGGCCCAGCAUACCAGAACCUGUCCACAACACUGAACCUUGCCGACUCGUCCGAAUCUGACCUCGAUGACGACGCAAACGAGCAGCUCUACGAGUAGACGCCCAGGACACACACACACACACACACACACACACACACACACACACACACACACACACACACACCCUCUCUGUCUCUCUCUCUCGCUGCUUUGUUUCUUGGAGCACAUGUGCUUGAACUCAACCUAGCCCUUUCAUCAGCCUCUUGGGCGUUGUUCCUGUGUCAUGCGUGUGGAUUUUCCUUUGUACACUGAAACCCUUCCUCGUUGCUGUAUGGCGUGACAGCAUGCCAGCAGCACGUCGCUCCCCCUUCGCUUAGUUGUGGUUGUGGUUGUCUCAGGUGCAGUUUCGUUUCCCGUUGUUCCUCCCACAAAUACACUAUCCCGCGCGC